AUGGCCGACGACGCGGCUCAAGACGCGAUGUGGGGGAGCUUCGACGACGAGGGCGACCUCUGCCGCGUAUGUCGCACUGAAGCAGAGGAAUCAAAGCCCCUCAUCUAUCCAUGCAAGUGCUCUGGUUCGGUUCGAUAUGUCCACUCGGACUGCUUGCAAGAAUGGCUAUCGCGCAGCAAGAAACGCUACUGUGAGAUCUGUGGCCAUCCUUACACCUUCACCAAAGUCUAUCCCUCCUCCUUACCCUCCAUUAUCCCUACAAUGGUCUACAUUCGACAAUCCCUCUUUGUGGCCGGACGUCUAGCAUGGCGCGUCAUGCGCGUAUGUAUCGCCAUCAUCAGCUGGCUGGUCAUACUUCCCAUCAUCACCAUGGGGUCGUUACGGAUCAUUCUAGCCGUAGUGGACCACUUGACCAACAGUGGCCUAUCAUACGGACUGCAAUGCGCCAUUGCGGACAGUUUCCACGAACUGAACAGGACGUUUGUACUGCCCAACGGCACUGACGGGCGACCAACAGGUCGUGACCUUGUCCUCAAUGCGAUCGCCACUAACGGCACGCUCAGCUUCCGCCCCACGUUCCUUGACCGCAUUACAGCAGACGGACGAAACCCCAUUGCUUUUGUCUUCCGCGGCCAGAUUGUCGCCAUUUCCGUCGCCACUGGCUUAAUCGGCCUCAUCUUGCUACGCGAGUGGAUCGCGCAGCAAGAAUGGCAUGCACGGCCACCAACUGAGGAGGAAGACGAGGUCGACCCCAGCUUGUGGACAUUCCGCAACGGCCAGGCUAUCCGGCUCGCGGACCUCGAGGACUCGAGCAGGUACGCCGAGUCGGAUCGCGCAGCGGCAGGUACAGACGUCGGCGACACGGGGGAUGCGGAGACCAUCAUCGCCGACGGUGACCAAGAGAGGCCUGUCGAUGCCUCACCGGAGGAGACUGCUGGGCGCUACGCCGAGGCCGAAGUUGAGAUGGGCGCAGCUCCUUCCCCACCCGCCGACGCAAGCGACGUAUCCUGGGACGAGACGCAGGAACGUAAGUCGCGGCCUACUCUGACCCGUGCGUCCUGUGAUGUGUCCAACCGCGUUGUGGAUACCACCUCGGGGGCCUCCUUUUGGGAGAACAACGCAGAGGCUGGUCCCUCUCGUGGAGUCGCCGAUGUGCCCGUGGACGCGGUUCCGAACUCGCCGCGUCUCGCCUCGUGGCAGCAGCUCGAAACACCUCGCGCGAAUGGCAGGGAGUCUCCUCACGGAACGCCUCAAGGAGACGAUUUCUUGGACGAACUGGAAACGGUCCCUGGUGGUGCAAGCAACCAGGGCGCACCUGAGUUCUCGCCGUCGUUCCGCCGCGCGUCGGAUCCUGGGCCAGAUGGUAAUGUCCAGAGUCCUCGUGCAGAGCGACAUUUUGGAUCACAUGGUCAGAUGGACCCCACUUUGCCGAUUAUCGCAGAGUCGCCAUUAGACACCCCGCCCAUCGACGUCCAGCGCGCCGUCGACGCACGCAUCGGUACGUUGCUGGGUGUUCCAGAAGGGCAUGAGGGUCCGUCGUCACCGGACAGCGUUGGGACAGCGGAGACCGGCGAGUUUGAGCCCGACGAGCAGGCCCUGAAGCGGGAAACGUCGCUAGGUGACUUUGUGCGAACCGAGACCGAGGACAAUGAGACAGACGGUGACGCGGACCAGGAAACCGAUGCCAACGCGGAUGUCGAGAUGGAACACAUCGAGGAGAGGGUCGAAAUUGACGAGCCUCAGUGGCGCCAUUUCGAGGCAGCAUUGGGUGACGACGAUGAGGGCUUUGUCGUCAAUGUCGAGAUGGUUCAGCAAGUCAUGGCGCGCAACGAACUCGAGGGUGUUGGCAUGGACAUCCCACCAGACGACGACGACGACCGGCCACUGGACGCCGAGGACUGGGAUGGCAUCUUUGAAGUCGUUGGCUUUAUCGGUCCUCUCACUGGUCUUCUCCACAACCACAUCUUCGUCAGCUUCGCCAUGGCGUUCACCUUGUCCAUGAUGGUAGGAGUCCCUACUUUCCUCGGCAAACUUGUGCUUUCAACCGACGGCAUUCGUCUCUCGGGGGAUGCGUUCACCACGACGGUUCGCUCCCUUUCGUUCGUGUCCGAAUGCCUGUACCGCGGCAUUGCAGUUAUCCUGAAAGAACUUCUGGUUUUCCCUCGACUUGUUGCCAAGCCAGCGACAGAGUACGUUAUGGAAGCGCUCAACGUGACUUCGGCCGACAUAGCUCAAGCCUUUAACUACACAGCGAGCAUAUUCUCACAUCCCAUCAUUACGCCGGAGGCUGUUAUCCCAAUCAACUGCGCUUCAGACGUACCGGUGGUUGGAGUCGUCGUGGAAACGACUAUUGACGGACUCGAGCUCAUCGGCGAGACGGCGCACAAGCUUUACAAGGCGUUCCGCUUAUACUCAAUCUCCGUCGCCGCGUCGCCCGAUUCCGGCGACCAGUUCAUGUGCCUAGUCGUGGGCUACAUGAUGUUAUCGAUGGGCGUCAUCUGCAUCGCGGUCAUCGACGCAGCGAACCUUCUCCAACUUUCACACUCGUUUAUGGAGAAGGCUCGUAACGUACAGACGUUCUUGAAGGUUGUCUUCUUCAUGACGCUUGAGAUUGUGUGCUUCCCCGUCUUCGUCGGGAUUAUCAUGGACCUCUGUACGCUCCCGUUAUUCGGUGCGACGGUGAGCCAUCGACUCGGCCGCAUCGCAGCCAGACCGUUCGGCACUCUCUUCGUAACGUGGGCAUGCGGUACGGUGUUCAUGAUCUCUUUCGCGGCGUUCUUGGCGCACAUGCGGACAAUUUCGCGGGCGGGAGCGCUGUAUUUCAUCCGCGAUCCAUCAGAUCCGACUCAUUCACCAGUCAAGGAAAUCAUGGACCGCCCAGCACUGGCUCAGUUCCCAAGAUUAGCGGUGUCGGCCACAAUGUACACCGUGGUUGUGUACGCGGUCUGCGGCGGUGUGCCGUGGCUCUUGUAUAGCGUCUCGGGUUUCAGCCCCACAAGCGGGUUCCUCCCGUUGCGACUCGAGCAGCGUCCAUUGUCAUCGGUGCCAUUCGACAUCCUCUUCCUCCAUCUUGUCAUCCCCCCCUCGUGGGAGAUGCUGUACCUCCCUCACAGGAUCAGAAAGCUCUUCGUUAUGUGGUGGGGUUUCGCGGUUAGGAAGCUCCGUCUCGUCUCGCUUAUCUUCGGGAUGGAGGUUCGGCCAAAGCCGUCCAACCGUGCCUCCCAAUGGGCAUGGUUGGUCGCGGACGCUGCGUGCCAGUUCGUGUUCGGUCGUUAUGACAACCGCGCAACCAGAGCCCGCGUACCUGCCAGCGACAGAGUGGAGCUGGCCACACUGGAAGAGCGGAGACGGGAGGGCGUCUUCAUCCCCGUCGACCAGAAGGGAGCACCACGCACUGAGGCGGACCGCAUCCGUUUACUCAAGCAGGACCGUGCCGCUCGCAAGGCAGGCCGCAACCCGAAGGACGACUACACCGUUGUGUCUCUGCCAGAUUUCUGGCGCACACGUGUCUACGCGUUGUUGAUAUUUAUGCUGUUCUCGGCGGCCUGCGUCACGGCUGGCAUGAUUUUCGUCCCGUUGGCCCUCGGGCGGCAGGCAACUGGCUCAUGGUUCGGUGGCCCCGUGUACGACGGAUACAGCUGGGUCGUCGGCGUUUACUUGUGUCUGAUCUCCUACAACUUGGGGCAGAGUGCUAAAAAGCACAUCAUUGACUCGUCUCGGGCCGAGCGGUUGCGCAGAUCACAGAAGUCGACGCGUGUCAAGCGGUGGCUUCGUGGUGUGGCGCGUGCGGUCUACGCCGUGUCCAUACUGUACCUUGUCCUGCCACUCAUUGCGGGAAUCAACUUUGAGUUGUUCAUCUCUCUCCCCGCGCGCUACGGCUUCUCGAACGACAUCACGCCGGUCCUGCAUGUGUGGGACGCAUGGGCGACGGGCACGACAAUGAUCUCGCUUUACGUCGGCGGUGUGGGCUUGGCCGCCGACGAAUUGCCACGCGAUGGGCCACCCACUUUCCGCGAUGCUUUCAAGCGACCGCUCCGCAUGAAGUUUAGCUACAUCACCAAUCUCUGUGUACCACUCAUCGCCUACAUGGUUGUGCCGAUAGUGCUCCCUUGGUUGGCUUUCGUCUCGCUGCGCUCCAGCCUGCAGAUGAUCGGCGUGGCCUUGCCCCAGGUCGACAACGGAUGGGCAUUCCGGAUGAUGUACCCGAUCACCACGACGGUCCUCUUAGUGGCCAUGUCGUGGCGCGUCAUCGCGACACUCCUUGUGCGCGUGCGGCAGUGGAUGAUCGACGCCGAAUAUGUUGUGGAGGAGCGUGUCGAGAACUACGAACCUGGAGCCGAACCGGAGUGGGCACCAGAGGAUGUUGUCGUGGGGGCGGAGGGCGCUGUCAAUGCAGCAGAGCCGGUAGAGCAAGAAGAGGAGUGGGAGGAUGUGAUGGUGGUGGAGUAA